AGGAUAAGGCCAUAACCAAGACGCCAUUGUGGGGAGAAGAAGAAGGCAAGUGAAGAGCAGCGUCGCACAAGGGAGCCAUGCUCGCCUCGCCGGCGCUCACCGGCGCCCACUCCUUCGCGGCGUCCGUGUCCGGGAACCUCCGCAUCACCCUACCUGCCAUCCCUGCGCCGUCGCCCACGCCGGCACGGCGCGCGGCGCUGUCCGUUGUCGCCAAGGUCAAGGUGUCCACGCCCCAGGCCGACCGCAUCGCCCGCCAUGACCGCCUCCGCAAGAAGGUAAGUGGCACAACGGAGAGGCCAAGGCUGAGUGUCUUCCGCUCUAACAAGCAUUUGUACGCUCAAGUGAUCGACGAUACAAAGCAAUGCACUUUGGCUUCAGCUUCAACCAUGCACAAAUCUCUCUCCAAGGAAUUGGAAUACUCGGCUGGGCCAACAGUUGAAAUAGCACAAAAGAUUGGUGAAGUGAUUGCCAAGUCUUGCCUGGAGAAAGGAAUUACCAAAGUUGUUUUUGACCGAGGUGGUUUCCUCUACCACGGUCGCAUCAAAGCUCUUGCUGAUGCUGCUAGAGAGCAUGGGCUUGAGUUCUGAAUCUUCCGAAUGUUUGUUCAUAUUUCCCAGGAUCACCUGUAACCUUCUCUUUUUUCCCUGUAUGCUGAACAGAGUUCUUUUGUAGUCAUUCGCCUUGUUCUGCAGAUUGCGAACUUGGCCACUCUUUGAUUGUAUCAGAUUUUUGUACCA